AUGUACAUCACCGUCGGACAAGAGGAUAAACCUCUGUAUUUAGACGACAACUGCCAAGGCACCUAUUUCACACUUAAAUUGCAUAUAAAAGUCAUAUCAACAUCCUGUGAUAAUAAGAAAUACGGUCUGGAGUGUAAACAGAACUGUGGUAACUGUAGCGAUGGGGUACAGUGCAAUCACGUGAACGGGAGUUGUCCAAACGGAUGUGAUUUCGGAGCUCAAGGCAAUAAUUGCGAUGAAGAAUGUCCAAGUGGUAGAUAUGGAGAAAAUUGUGCUAUAGCGUGCUAUCCAAAUUACAGAGGUUGUAACAGAUUUAAUGGCAGGUGCGAGGUUGGUUGUUUUCCGGGAUGGAAAGGAAUAUUCUGCGAGAAAGAAUGUGACGGGCGAUUGUAUGGUGAAAACUGUACACAGCCCUGUGGCGAAUGUCGGGAUUUAGAACCUUGUCAUCACAUUAACGGUACAUGUUUGAAUGGCUGUAACAGAGGAUAUAAAGGCGGGAAAUGUACUGAAGAGUGUCUGGAAGGUUGGUUUGGUUACAACUGUGGAAAAAGAUGCAAUAUCCAAUGUGACAGUGUGACAGGCUUGUUAAUUGGACAGUCUUCAGAUUCCAGUUCUAACAGUCAGUUAUACCCAGCUCUGUACGGGACUGUGGCGGGUUUCUGUGUUAGUGUUGUUCUCAACAUAUAUCUCAUUGCUCGCUAUCUGAGAGAUAAGCAUCAACCAAAGAGUCAACAGAAGAAAAUGAAAGAGCAGUUGUCUACAGAAGGUGAUGCACGUAGUACGAUAAUUUACGAUAACAAAGAACACGCUGGCGGCUACCAAGAGCUUGGUGAAUUGGGUCAACAGUCUCAUUAUGAUCAACUUAAGUAAUAUGUUCUGAGAAAAAAAGAGUAGGGCAUCCUUCCCGUUACCUGAAAUAGUCUGAAUUUGUGAAUUUGAAUUAGUCUUAUCACAAUAAAGAAGUCAGGAUAUUUGAAUUGGGGCGAAUUAAGUGAAGAUCUUUUUGUUUGUCAAUAUGUUGAACUCAAGAAACCUAGAGUCAUGGAAAUAUCGUAAGCCAAUCGUAUCACCAUCUUAACUUCAAAUAGCCUGAAGGCUGAGUUGCUGAAUGAAGUCAACCUAAGUAGCUUCCUGUCGUAUAAUUAACUUAUCGUUCUUAAUAUAAUCAGCACAAGUAGCCCGUACAUUAUUUCUUCAUUUAACUUAUGUCAACUUUUACGUUAUAAUUAUGUGAAUUAACGUUGUAAUAUUCAAAGUUAGAGUGUGGACAAUUGCGUCAGUUAUGUAACCACAUGGUACACAUCUAGUAGCUGAGACAGUGUGAUGCAAGGAAAGUUGAUCAACCAUUUCGUAUUCAUAUUUUAUUUGACAAUGUGAAUGUUAAUAUUUUACUCUCAUUACGAUACUUUUCAUAUUUACAUUUUUUCAUAAUUUUAUUUAGAAUUUUCAAUAUGUAUGUAAAGUCUGUAAUGGACAUCGUGGCUGUUAGACUUUCUUGAAUAUAUUGUAUGAUUUGCAAAA